AUGAUGUUAUUCGUCGCCGUUUUGUUAAUCUUGAGUGUGGAUCAGGCGAGCUCAUAUGAAUCAGAUCAUAGUGAAACCUACCGGUAUUUUGAUCUUCCAUAUUGCUUGCCAGAUAAUGCGAAAGAGAAAAGGCUAGCUCUAGGUGAAAUGCUGAAUGGGGAUCGUUUGGUAAGUGCGCCAUACCCGAUUGAAUUUCUACGGGGAAGACAUUCUGAAUCUGUUUGCAAGAAGAAGUUAUCAAAGGAAGAUGUUGCCAAGUUUCGCGCUGCUGUUAAUACCCAUUUUGAGAAGAGGAUGGAUAAAUACUCUCAGUCAUCUCUGUUGCCUCAUCAUUUGGAGAUCCAUCGGCAUUCCGUUAUUGGUUCAUGCAUGACAGUUCUUCUUCUUGCUGGAUUUCUUGCUGCAAUCUUGCGAAUUCUUAACAAUGACUUUGUCAAGAAUCCCAAAUACAAGUCUCUGUUUGCUGCUUGCCUUGGCUCUGGAACCCAGCUGUUGACUCUCACGAUGUUCAUUUUUAUUUUGGCACCAGUUGGAGUGUUUUAUCCAUACAACCGUAGAGCUUUGCUCACCGCAUCGGUUGUCAUAUAUGCUCUCACAUCAGGAAUUGCAGGAUACACUGCAAUCUCCUUUUACUGUCAGCUUGAAGGAACUAACUGGGUAUUUGCUCAUGAACUUUCUCACGCAGCUCUUCCUCUUGGCACAACUGUUGUGAUAGUUCUUAUAUGGACACUUUUAUCAUCUCCUUUGCUCGUUUUAGGUGGAAUUGUUGGGAAGAAUAGCAAGGCUGAGUUCCAAGCUCCUUGUCGUACCACUGAAUAUCCCAGAGAGAUUCCACCAUUGCGAUGGCAUCUCACGGGUUUCAUUAUGGUGGUAUUGACCCAUUUCCAACUUGCUUCUGAGGACCACAAAUGGUGUUGGAGGUCUUUUCUCUGUGGUGGAUCAACUGGCAUAUUUAUGUAUGCCUACUGCGUGUAUUACUACUAUGCACGAACGGAUAUGUCUGGUUUCAUGCAAACCUCAUUCUUCUUUGGCUACAUGGCUUGUAUCUGCCUUGGUGUCUUCCUCAUGCUGGGGACUGUAGCCAUGGCGACUGCCAUUGCAACUCCUUCAGCAUUAUCUCCUCUUCACCGCUCUCUGCCUUCUUUCAUCUCCGCCACUCCCAAUCUCUCUAUCUCACUUCGCAGCUCAAUCAGGCGUAAAAACGUCGUAUCACUAGUCCGCUGUAGCCAUGCCGCAAUUUCACCAAAAAGCCAAGGCGGUGCAUUUGAUCCUGAACUUCGGUCCGUACUCGAACUCGCCACUGACUCAGAGUUGUAUGAACUCGAAAAAAUCCUCUUCGGUCCCAGUUACUUCAGUCCUUUACUAAAAUCAAUAGCAAGUAAAAAAGCGGAAAUUGAUUACGCAAUGAUUGAUCAUGACCUUGAAGAACGAGAAGAUUUUUUAUCGUCUCUUGAGUCCCGGUUCUUAUUCCUUGCCGCCGAUGCCCGGUCCACUUUGAGGGGUUGGAGGCCUACCUAUAGAAAUGUGUUGCUUACUGUUAGGAAGAAGUUGAAUAUUCGUUGCUCGAGUAAAUUGUCGACGGAAGACCUAGAAGCGGAGAUUUUCCUUCAUCUAAUUGAGGAAUAUGCGAGUGAACAAUCAGGAACUUUUCCAGGCUUAUGGGAAUUAUCUAAGACCUCAGAUGAUCAAGGUAGUCUAGGAAUCGGACUUAGUCAAGAAAAGGUACAAGCCCUUGCUGCACAGAAACUUGGGGCUGCAGAUCUCCACGAAGAAAUUAACGGGGAAGGUGUUUCUAGAAGCUGCAAACUAUCAAAUGAAAAAGGAAAUUGUCAAGAAGUCAAACAUUUACUUUGCAAAGGUCCUGCAAGACAAGUUAAUGCCCUAAUGUCUUCUAAGAAAUACAUGAUUGCUUUGGCUCAGGCACUAUGCUUUGCACAAGCUUGGCUUCUCUGGUGCUUGGGUAGUUACCAAGCUUCUAGUGAAACCUAUGUGGUUUUCAAUGAGGGUGGACAAUUAGCUGCCAUUAAUUUGGAGUCCAGAGUUGCCCUGCUUGCAGCAAAGCAGGGUUUUGUUGGCACUGCAUCAAGAUACCUGGGUUUGAGGAGCAUGAUGUCAUUGCUUGGUCCAAUGUUGUGGGGCACAUUUCUGGCAGAUGUAGUCAUUCAAAUGCUUGGAACUGAUUAUGCUAGAAUCUUGCGAGCAAUUUAUGCAUUUGCACAGCUCAGUAAUUUCCUCUGCAUCAGCAAUGGGCCUGAUAAAGUUGGCAAAUAA